AUGAGUGAAGACGUUUACACACUUGAAGCCAAAGAUGGAAUUCGAUGCACUUGGCAAAAUUGGCCUAGCAAUAAAGUAACAGCUACAAGAAACGUAAUCCCAAUCUGCUUAGUCUACACUCCUCUCAAAGAAAUCGAAAAUAUUGCCCUAGUAGAAUAUGAGCCGAUAGCUUGUUCUCGAUGCAAAAGUGUUCUCAACCCUCACGUCGCAAUUGAUUUUGUGUCAAAAGCUUGGGGCUGUCCAUUUUGUAUGACACGUAAUAGUUUUCCAAGCCACUAUAAAGCCCAUAUUUCAGAAACAACACUUCCAGCAGAACUGAUGGCUCAGUACACCACAAUGGAAUAUAUUUUGCCUCCUGUAGUCGCUUUGCCGCCAGUUUUUGUUUUUGUAGUGGAUACUUGUUGUGAUACAGAAGAAUUAUCCUACUUAAAGUCAUCUCUUCAGCAAAGUCUCAGUAUUUUGCCAGCUGAAGCUUUAAUCGGCUUUAUUACAUUUGGGAAAAAUGUCUAUGCUUACAAUUUAGGGUGGACUGAAAACACAAGAUGCUACGCAUUUAGAGGAGACAAAAAAUACGAGCUCCCACAAAUAAAAGAUUUAUUAGGAUUAAUAGGGAAUGACCCAAGAUCUGUCCAAACUGGAGCAAGAAGGUUUUUGAUGCCAGCAAGUGAAUGUGAGCUAGCCUUAAAUAACAUUAUUGAAGACUUAUCAAAAGAUGCAUGGCCUGUUCCUCAAGGAUCAAGACCUUUAAGAUGUGUAGGAAAUGCUUUAAAUAUUGCAGUUUCAUUGAUGGAGCUAGCUUAUACUAGGCAUGGAGGCAGAAUUAUGCUAUUUGCAGGUGGCGCUGCUAGUUUUGGCCCAGGAAUGAUCGUUGGCGACAAACUUGUUGACUCCAUCAGAACUCAAUCUGACAUCAAAAACGAUAACGCAAAAUACUUAAAGCCAGCUAUUCAGUUUUACCAAGGAAUUUCUGAAAGAGCUGCCAACAAUGGCCACGCUAUCGACAUUUUCUGCUGUGCGAUUGAUCAAAUCGGGCUGCUCGAAAUGCGGUCUCUAAGUGAAAAAACAGGUGGCUACCUAGUUUUGACCGAUACUUUUAAAUCUGACGUUUUCAGACUGUCCUUACAAAAAAUCUUUUCCAGGGACGAUACUGGAGCUUUGAGAAUGGGCUUUAACUCGACAAUUCAAGCAUUUACAUCCCCAGACAUCAAAAUUAACGGUGCAAUAGGCCCUGGAAUUGGGGUCAAAAAGAAGAAUCCUUUUGUAAGUGAAGUCGAAAUCGGGAUGGGUGGCACCAAUCAUUGGCAAAUAGGCAGCAUUGAUAAUCAGACUACACUGUCAUUCCAUUUAGAUAUAGUAAAUCAAGAGCCACAAGCUAAGCGAACUCAUGCCUUUGUGCAGUUCCAGACUAAAUAUCAGCAUUCAGGUGGGAGAUCAAGGCUUAGAGUUACAACUGUUAAAUACCCAGUUGUAGAGACUGCGAAUAUUGCCAAAUUUAUUAGUGGGUUUGACCAAGAAACAGCCGCUGUCAUAAUGGCUCGCUGGGCUGUUUCGAAGUCAGAAACUGAAGAAACAAUUGACGUUAUUAGAUGGAUUGAUAGAACACUGAUUAGACUUGUAAAGAAAUUUGGGGAAUACCAGCAGGAAAUGCCUCAUACUUUUAGACUUUGCAGAGAAUUCGGACUGUAUCCUCAGUUUAUGUUCCAUAUGAGGAGGUCGCAGUUUUUGCAAACUUUCAAUGUGUCUCCAGACGAAAGUGCGUAUUACAGAACAAUGCUGGUAAGAGAAAACGUAACAAAUUCUUUAUUAAUGAUACAGCCAGCGCUGCUUCAGUACUCUUUUGAGUCCCCUCAUCCUACACCAGUUUUGCUAGAUAUUGCUUCAUUGAAAAAUAACGUGAUUUUAUUAUUGGACACAUUUUUCACAGUUCUUAUAUGGCAUGGAGAUUUAUUCUAUAAUACAUUGAUUUUUAUUAUAAAAAAAUAAAGCUAAGUUUAUAGAUAAAUUAAUAAGAAAUGGUAUAAUUGUGAAAUGGAAGAAACUAGGAUACCAAGAACAAGAAGAAUACGAAAAUUUCAGAGAAUUGUUGAAGUUGCCUGUAGCAGACGCCCAAAGUAUUCUAGUUGAAAGAUUCCCUGUGCCAAGACUGAUAGAAACUGACUGUGGAAAAGGAGCUGAAAGAUUAUUGAAGGCAAAAGUAAAUCCAAGUGGAAUGGGAGCUGGAAACGCGACUGUUGAAAGUGGGAACUAUUUCACAGAAGACGUCUCUAUGAAGACUUUCAUGGACAGAUUGAUUGAAUAUGCAGUUAAAGCUUAA